GCAAAGAGGCAAACCAAUGAAAGUCCGGUGAUCGCGAGAGGAAGGAGACUGCUGAUCUGAUGUUCCAACGAGUGUGAGACAAAUAUCGGCAAGUGGGUUACAGAGGCCGUUUCUGGCAACCGUGCCGGUUCUACUGCUGUUAUUUUGUGCAAUAUUUCAGUGAUGCAAUCACAGGGCAGCACUUCCUCCCAGCCCUCUGUUGAUUCGCUGAGCUCCAGUGACAGCUACCUGUUCAACCACUCUGAGCAGGUGGAGGAUGACACUGACGUCAUCCUCGGCACUGGGGGCAUGGUCAGGGGCAACGGGAGUGCCGGGGCAGAGAGUCCCGAGUCCCAGUGGGCGUGUGACGGAUUCACUGACCGCGAGGAGGACGAGUCACGGGGUUCAGAGGUUAUUGGAGGUCACCCCAGGGUCACAGCUGAGAGACAGAGAACAAGCGAGACUGAGAGAGAGAAGACAGAGGGAGAUCUGCUCUUUGCCCAGAAGUGUGCUGAGCUGCAGGGGUUUGUAAGGCCCCUACUGGAGCUGCUGAAUGGACUGAAGGGGGGACGAUUUGACCGUGGUCUGAGUAGUUUCCAGCAGAGUGCAGCCAUGGACCGCAUCCAGAGGAUCGUAGGGGUCUUACGGAGACCCAGCAUCGGGGAAAAGUACAUGAACACUCUUCUCCAGGUGGAGACGAUGCUGAAGAUGUGGUUUCCACAGGUGUCCCCCUUGGCCCCACCUACUGCCCCUACCCUCUUCCCCCCUCACCUCUCCCCCCGGGACAGCCCCAGCAGCACCCCCCCACACAGGCACAGAGACCAGUCGCACAUCCCUGUGAAGAAGCGCAGACUGAGUUGGUCAGACACAGACUCUGACACCCCUCCUCCUGUACUCUUUAAGAGGCUCAAUGCCAGUGGAGGAGAGGAGAGGGGGAAGGAGGGGCGAGACGUCCCCUCUGCAACUUCAGGGGUACCCCCACACCCCCAGGACCCCACCAGCAACCAAGAGAAUGAGAGAAAGGAAGAUGAGGACAGCAAAGAGAGAGAGGGAGAGUCAUCAAGCAACAAAGCGGGGCUCUGUUCUGAGCCCGGUCCCACCUCGGUCCUUGUAGUGCCCAUCCUUUCUCCCUGGAAACCAAUGGAGGGGAAACAGCUGCUGCCUGUCAUGCCACCUCCCACCACCAGGGGCAGUCCAGCCAUGCAGGACAGCGUAAUCUCUUCCACCACGCCCUUCAACAACCUCCAAAGCCAGCAGCAGCCAAUCGGGUGCCAAAGCCAGCCUGUUGCCGGGAAGACUGGGAAAAAGACCGUAAAGACCUGUCAGUGUCGGGUCCAGGCUCAUUCAAUCACGGCAAAGCCUUUGAAAAGGGGGGAGUGUAAGAGCAGGGUUAACCCCGCCCCUUUAUAGACCUGAUGCACUGAGCACACUCCGCCCAGCAGGCUAGUGUGACUACGUCAACAUGCUAAAGCUGCUGUGAUAGGGAGAGUCAGGGGUAGAAAUGGGCUGCAGUGCAAACACUUUAUGUUUAGCCCCUCAGCCCUCGCACUAGCCACUCUCCCUUGGGGGAAUCCCCUUUGAAACCGGAUGCAGUUUAGCCCCUCAGCCCUGCACUAGCCACUCUCCCUUGGGGGAAUCCCCUUUGAAACCGGAUGCAGUUUAGCCCCUCAGCCCUCGCACUAGCCACUCUCCCUUGGGGGAAUCCCCUUUGAAACCGGAUGCAGUUUAGCCCCUCAGCCCUGCACUAGCCACUCUCCCUUGGGGGAAUCCCCUUUGAAACCGGAUGCAGUUUAGCCCCUCAGCCCUGCACUAGCCACUCUCCCUUGGGGAAUCCCCUUUGAAACCGGAUGCAGUUUAGCCCCUCAGCCCUGCACUAGCCACUCUCCCUUGGGGAAUCCCCUUUGAAACCGGAUGCAGUUUAGCCCCUCAGCCCUGCACUAGCCACUCUCCCUUGGGGGAAUCCCCUUUGAAACCGGAUGCAGUUUAGCCCCUCAGCCCUGCACUAGCCACUCUCCCUUGGGGGAAUCCCCUUUGAAACCGGAUGCAGUUUAGCCCCUCAGCCCUGCACUAGCCACUCUCCCUUGGGGGAAUCCCCUUUGAAACCGGAUGCAGUUUGAUUGCCAUCUUAACUGGAGGUCCAAUUCACUAACGUUGCCCCCUCGGCCCUCGAUUUAGCUCGAGGGAGCGAGUGAAGAACUUUGGUCACUUGUGGGGUUCAUAUGACCCAUAAUUCAAUGCAAAUUGUAGUCAUGUAUCAUACUCCGGUGGCCGCGAAUGUCACGUCACUCACCACGGCUGCAUUUUCGGCCUGUCAGACAAAAUGAUGAUUCUGGGGCAAAAAAAGUAUUUAGUCAGCCACCAAUUAUGCAAGUUCUCCCACUUAAGAAGAUAAGGCCUGUAAUUUCAUCAUAGGUACACUUCAACUAUGACAGACAAAAUGAGAAAGAAAAUCCAGAAAAUCACAUUGUAGGAUUUUUAAUGAAUUUAUUUGCAAAUUAUGGUGGAAAAUAAGUAUUUGGUCACCUACAAACAAGCAAGAUUUCUGGCUCUCACAGACCUGUAACUUCUUCUUUAAGAGGCUCCUCUGUCCUCCACUUGUUACCUGUAUUAAUGGGACCUGUUUGAACUUGUUAUCAGUAUAAAAGACACCUGUCCACAACCUCACACUCCAAACUCCACUAUGGCCAAGACCAAAGAGCUGUAAAAGGACACCAGAAACAAAAUUGUAGACCUGCACCAGGCUGGGAAGACUGAAUCUGCAAUAGGUAAGCAGCUUGGAUUGAAGAAAUCAAUUGUGGGAGCAAUUAUUAGGAAAUGGAAGACACAAGACCACUGAUAAUCUCCCUCGAUCUGGGGCUCCACGCAAGAUCUCACCCCGUGGGGUCAAAAUGAUCACAAGAACGGUGAGCAAAAAUCCCAGAACCACACGGGGGGACCUAGUGAAGGGCCUGCAGAGAGCUGGGACCAAAGUAACAAAGCCUACUAUCAGUAACACACUACGCCGCCAGGGACUCAAAUCCUGCAAUGCCAGACGUGUCCCCCUGCUUAAGCCAGUACAUGUCCAGGCCCGUCUGAAGUUUGCUAGAGAGCAUUUGGAUGAUCCAGAAGAAGAUUGGGAGAAUGUCAUAUGGUCAGAUGAAACCAAAAUACAACUUUUUGGUAAAAACUCAACUCGUGUUUGGAGGACAAAGAAUGCUGAGUUGCAUCCAAAGAACACCAUACCUACUGUGAAGCAUGGGGGUGGAAACAUCAUGCUUUGGGGCUGUUUUUCUGCAAAGGGACCAGGACGACUGAUCCGUGUAAAGGAAAGAAUGAAUGGGGCCAUGUAUCGUGAGAUUUUGAGUGAAAACCUCCUUCCAUCAGCAAGGGCAUUGAAAAUGAAACGUGGCUGGGUCUUUAAGCAUGACAAUGAUCCCAAACACACCGCCCGGGCAACGAAGGAGUGGCUUCGUAAGAAGCAUUUCAAGGCCCUGGAGUGGCCGAGCCAGUCUCCAGAUCUCAACCCCAUAGAAAAUCUUUGGAGGGAGUUGAAAGUCCGUGUUGCCCAGCAACAGCCCCAAAACAUCACUGCUCUAGAGGAGAUCUGCAUGGAGGAAUGGGCCAAAAUACCAGCAACAGUGUGUGAAAACCUUGUGAAGACUUACAGAAAACAUUUGACCUCUGCCAUUGCCAACAAAGGGUGUAUUGAGAUAAACUUUUGUUAUUGACCAAAUACUUAUUAUCCACCAUAAUUUGCAAAUAAAUUCAUGAAAGAUCCUACAAUGUGAUUUUCUGGAUUUUUUUCUCAUUUUGUCUGUCAUAGUUGAAGUGUACCUAUGAUGAAAAUCACAGGCUUCUCGUCUUUUUAAGUGGGAGAACUUGCACAAUUGGUGGCUGACUAAAUACUUUUUUGUCCCACUGUAUAUAUGACAUUGAUUUUAGCGUUGCCAAAUUGGCUUCGUCUCGUAGUGAGGAGCCUAUAAAACCUAGCUAGCUUCAUAAACAUUUUUGGGAAUUCUGAAAUGUAUUGCAAUAAAUGACCAAACUAUAAGACUAGCUAGCCAGCUAUGGAUAACUAGCUACGUUAGCUUGCUAGAUACAUAAAUAGCUGUGGGUUGGUUGUUUUUAAGCUCAACUUCAAUAUUUCCACUAAGGAUGUUGCCUCUGAUCAUCACUCUCUAAUUUGAAUUUGGACUGCAGCCAUGGUUUUAGGUGCUGAUGAGUUUCCUUAAUGAUGGAUCUUUUGCAACUACCUAAACGCAAUUAGGACCAUUAAUGAAAGUGAUAUCUGAGAGACUACAGUUAUUACUACAUGAGGACAGAAUGUGUCCUUGUGAAUCAUAAUCAUAGUUCCAUAACAAUCAGAUUAUUUGCACAAAUAGUGGUUGUAGAUUGGAAGGUUGGUAAGCACCUCUUAAAGCCCAUCGCUUGUUUAUAGAAUAUUGGAUUUCUGAUUGACCGAAUGAUAUACUCUCUUACUCCACUUAAGAAAAGGUAAAUGCUACUAUGCAAACUUAAUCGAAAUGCUGUUGGCUUAGGAAUAUUUGGGAUUCAGGUGGUUGGGAGCAAGGAGGUGAGAGGUGACGAGGAGGGGAUGGUUAGAAGGACAGGUGGAAUAAGAUUUGGGGAUUAAGGAUAGUUAUAUUCCUGGAAUGAUAUUAUAUUCCUGGAAUGAUAUUCCUGGAAUCUCCUCAGAGAUGAUGCUUCCAGUGAAUAACAUUUACAUUUAAGUCAUUUAGCAGACGCUCUUAUCCAGAGCGAGCAGACAGACAGUUCAAUAGACCGAGGCAUUACGGAUAGAAGUGAGGAAUAAUUAUUAGACUACUGAAUGACCUCUAGAGCUGAAUAACAGCAGAGAGACAGUUCAAUAGACCGAGGCAUUACGGAUAGAAGUGAGGAAUAAUCAUUAGACUACUGAAUGACCUCUAGAGCUGAAUAACAGCAGAGACACAGUUCAAUAGACCGAGGCAUUACUGAUAGAAGUGAGGAAUAAUCAUUAGACUACUGAAUGACCUCUAGAGCUGAAUAACAGCAGAGAGACAGUUCAAUAGACCGAGGCAUUACUGAUAGAAGUGAGGAAUAAUCAUUAGACUACUGAAUGACCUCUAGAGCUGAAUAACAGCAGAGACACAGUUCAAUAGACCGAGGCAUUACUGAUAGAAGUGAGGAAUAAUCAUUAGACUACUGAAUGACCUCUAGAGCUGAAUAACAGCAGAGAGACAGUUCAAUAGACUGAGGCAUUACUGAUAGAAGUGAGGAAUAAUCAUUAGACUACUGAAUGACCUCUGGAGCUGAAUAACAGCAGAGACACAGUUCAAUAGACCGAGGCAUUACUGAUAGAAGUGAGGAAUAAUCAUUAGACUACUGAAUGACCUCUAGAGCUGAAUAACAGCAGAGACACAGUUCAAUAGACCGAGGCAUUACGGAUAGAAGUGAGGAAUAAUCCAACUAGCCAGAUGCCAUUAGACUACUGAAUGACCUCUAGAGCUGAAUAACAUCUAAGAGGAAGUGGCAGGGACCUCUACUGAAGUCUAGAGGUUUAGAAUCUAUUCAAUGUCAAUCCAUCAACAUGACACAAUCUGUUUGUGAAGACGGAUGCAAGGUGUUUUGGGUGAAGAUCGAUUAUGACUGAAACGAAUGAACCACAACUGGGCUUUAUUCUGUGUGGAGAAAUGUGAAGCGGGUUAUCCGUUAAACAGUAAAUCACAUUUCAAUGGCCUAACCGGUAGGGGAUAGAAUACCAAACAGACCUUAGAUCAGCUUCUAAGGACAACUUAAUCCUUUAAAUGGCUCAGUGGGAGACUCUACAGACCACCCUGAGAGAAGAGUCCACUCACAGACAGAGACAGACAGAAAUCCUGUUUAUUUAUUCACAUGUUGACUUGACAACGCUGCAUUUAUUUAUUACCUUUAUUUAUUGAUUGGCAGCUGUGUUUCUCGCUCUUUGAACUUACAAUUGGUUGACCGAUUGGUUGACUGAUGCUCUUGGGAAAGUUGCUGUACAACGGUUUGUUUGUGGUUUUUACUGUUAUGAUGAGACACAUUUUUGGGGGGAUGAUUGGACUUUUGGACUAUUGUGCCUUUACCAAAUAGGAUGUGUACAAAACAACAAAGCAUUUUAUUCUUUCAAAGCAUUUUCUACUGCAUUUUGAUAGUUUGCUUGUCUUUCUUAAUAGCACAGUGCACAAUCAGUCGAAUAACACAGUACACAACGCCUAAUUCCUGCCUUCAAUCUCUUAUCUGGCUUCCAGGGGUCUGUUGGGCAAAACUAGCUACCAACAGAUCCCACAACAGCAAGGCAACCUCUACUCCAACCUAUACAGUGGUCAUGUGUACAACACAAUAGUAUUCUAUACAUAUACAUCGUAGUCUUCUAUGAACUAACGACAGUGGCUAAUUUAUUUCUGUUUUUAGAUUGACAGUUGCCUCUUCUCCGGGGUGUAUUUUAUAGUUGAUUAUGUAGGUCUGACUGGAGGAUAUGAUCAGCGCUUGCUAUCUCCUGUGUGCUUCUUGGCGCUCGUUAAACUUGUAAAACGUGAGGAUCAGAGCUAAAAGGGAGACCGUAUGAAUAUGUAUUUUGCACCAUCAUCGUAAGCUGCUAUACAUAAUAGGACUAAAACAUGAUUGAAAUAUUCCUCAUAACAAAUCAUUAAUACACAUGUAUUUACUAAGGAAAUAUAAUUAUAUAUGCCAUUCAGCAGACGUUUUAUCCAAAGCGACUUACAGUCAUGCGUGCAUACAUUUUUACAUAUGGGUGGUCCCUGGAAUCAAACCCACUAUCCUGGCAAUGCAAGCACCAUGCUCUACCAACUGAGCUCCAGAGGAAAUAACUGGUGUACAUGAUACAGGGUUUACAAAAAGUUGACUUAUACUUAAUCAACUGUUUAUAUGCAGAGCUUCCAGUAAAGCAGUGCUAAAACAAGUUCAUAUGGUUGCAUCCAUACUCCCUAUAGCUUUCUCCAAGGAGAGCCACAACUGAACACACAAUCACUGGUAGCCUCCAUGUUACCUACCUACCGUCUUUACUUGGGGCUGGGGGAUGUUUUUAUGCUUGAGGUAUAAGUUGCUCUUAACCACAGGUCUAUGAUCAGAUUUUUCCUACCCCCAAUCCUAACGUUUAUCAUUAGGGUUUGAAAACACACCUGACCCCGGGCCUGUGGUUAAGGGCCACUUCCUACCUACUUGUGUUUUUUAUACAGCUAUUUUGUGACAGAGAAACUGAUUGCACAGAUUUUUGUGAUCUCUUUUCCAUGUAUGUUUUCUACUGCAGAGACCACUGCUGAUUGGUCAGAAAUAAUAUGUAUUGUUUAUUUCAACUGCCUUUUUAUAUCUUAGUAGAUGCUGUACUCACCCCCUCUACUCCUCCCCCUCUCUAUUCUCCACCCUCUCUCCUCCCCUUCUACUCCUCCCUCCUCCCUCUCUCUAUCCUUCUCCCUCCUCCCCCUCUCUAUCCUUCUCCCUCCAUCCUCCCCCUCUGUAUCCUUCUCCCUCCAUCCUCCCCUCUCUCUAUUCCUCCCUCCUCCCCCUCUCUAUCCUCUGCCCUCCCUCCUCCCCUCUACUCCCCCCUCUCUGCAACAUUCUAAUACUUUUCUCUCCUCCCUUUCUCUCUCUCUCUCUCAUCUGUUCAUCCCUUUCUCCCAUUCUUACUUUCUCUCACUUUCUCUGUUUCUCACUCUUACUUUGCUGUCACUCUGUGUUACUCUUCGGAGUACUUUUUACAUUGAUGAUACAAAAAUAAAAUCUUUUAAUAAAUGACA